AUGUCAUUUCCACCGCUUAUUCAAAUGUUAAUCACUACGUACGGAUUGGAAAAUGCCCUCAUAUUUUUAAGCGGUAUCGGGCUCCAGUUUUGCGUUUUGGGUUCCCUUAUUGCUCCCAAUCAACAAGAAGCGACAGCAAAAAGGAAUACCCGUAGACUGCAUCUCGUAUCGACCGAGAGCCUGAACGUUGGCAUAAAUAUUUUCCGCAACUAUUCCUUCGACAUCUAUCUGGUCAGCCUCUUCUUCUGGAAUCUUGCCUACGCUUUCCUCUCACAGUCACUUCCGCUUUAUUCGAACAUGACCGGAAGUAGUCGAGAAGAGGCUGCGUUACUGCUCUCUCUCACGGGAGUCGGAAGCAUAUUUGGACGGCUACUUACCGGUGUCGCCACUAACGAUGAACAGAUUGAUGGCAUUAUCUUCUAUUUCGGCUCAAAUGGAGUUUUUGCUCUAAUUUCAUUGAUUUUCCCAAUCUAUGGCAAAUCGUAUACCGUUCAGACAUUUUAUGCGGUUUGUUUUGGACUAUAUACCGGUUCAUGCAUCGCUGUUCAAGGACCGAUCGUUAUAAGGCUGGUUGGAGUGGAGUUGUUGGCUGCUGGAUACGGAGUCCUUAUGUUUUUCACUGGAGUUGGAGCUUUAAUCGGACCACCGUUUGGAGGCUGGAUGAUGUCCGUCACUCCACUUCUGGAAGUUGGCUUCUUCGUCGCUGGUAUGGGAAUUAUCUCUCACCCUCUCUCUCACCCUCUCUCUCGUUUACUCUCUCUCACUCUCUCUCUCGUUUACUCUCUCUCACUCUCUCUCUCGUUUACUCUCUCUCGUUUACUCUCUCUCACUCUCUCUCUCGUUUACUCUCUCUCUCUCUCUCUCGUUUCUCUCUCUCUCUCGUUUACUCUCUCUCACUCUCUCUCUCGUUUACUCUCUCUCACCCUCUCUCUCGUUUACUCUCUCUCCUCUCUCUCUCUCGUUUCUCUCUCGUUUACUCUCUCUCCUCUCUCUCGUUUACUCUCUCUCUCUCUCUCUCGUUUACUCUCUCUCACUCUCUCUCUCGUUUACUCUCUCUCACUCUCUCUCUCGUUUACUCUCUCACCCUUUCUCUCGUUUACUCACUCUCACUCUUUCGCUCUCUUUCACACAUACACAUAUUCUAUGAACAAAGAUUCUUUCUUUUUUUCUUUCUUUCUUUCUCCUAUUUCUCCCUCUUCGUUCUUUUUCAUCUAUUUCGUUUUCUUUUCGCUUCAUUUCCCUUCUUUAUUUCUUUUUGCCUUUCUUUUUUCCUUUCUUUCUCCUGUUUCUCCGUCUUCUUUCUUUUUAUUCUACGUUUUCUUUUCGCUUCAUUUCAUUUCUUUCUUUCUUUCUUUCUUUCUUUCUUUCUCCUGUUUCUCCCUCUUCGUUCUUUUUGUUCUAUUUCGUUUUCUUUUCGCUUCAUUUCCCUUCUUUCUUUCUUUCUUUCUUUCUUUCUUUCUUUCUUUCUUUCUUUCUUUCUUUCUGUUUCUAUUUCGCCUCCGUUUGUGCUCGCCUACACCUGUCUAUCGUAAAUUGUUCAUAUCUACCUAUGUAGGUCAGUUCAUAACUAUCUAUUCAUGGAUUUAUGCCAGUCUUUUUCAUAUCUAUCCUUGUGCAUAUCUCUCCAGCCAUUAUCUACUUCAUAUGAAAGUGUUUUUUUCGUGA